AUGGCCGAUUCAGGUGUGCAAAGGUGUGCGAUCACCACUGGUGACCAAGAGAUCAAGAUAGCUCCAACAGCGUUGAAGGAGUUAAAGAUUCAGUUGCAGGAGUUAGUGGAUAAAGGGUUUAUUAAAGACUCAGUUGUAGAAAAAGAGCUGUUGUCAUCACCUUCACCUUCUCUCAAUCCCCCGUUCUCUUCUUUCCCCCGCACUUUCUCUUUUAUCUUUUUGUGGUCUGCUCCUCCUCCUCCCACGCUGAAAAGGAAAUGUCUUUCAGUCUCUUGCGCACUAUUUCUUUGGCUCAUAUUCAAUCGACUUCAGGAGGCACGUAAAUUGCUUGAGAAAUUGUCUGAGAGAGAUGGUGGUGUUGUUCAUUGGACUUCAUUGCUCACGAGAUACACCAAAAGUGGAUGUGUCAAUGAGGCUCGAAUGCUUUUUGAGAUCAUGCCGGAGAGGAACAUUGUUACUUACAAUGCUAUGUUGUCUAGCGUAUGUGCAAUCUGGGAUGUUUGUUUGAAGCUUGCCAAUUCUUUUGAGGAGAUGCCAGAGAGGAAUGCUGUGUCAUGAAGUUCAAUGCUCUUUGGAUUGGCAGGGAUUGGGAAGAUUCAUGAGGCUUGGAGUUUGUUGAAUGCAAUGCCAGAGAAGAAUAUUAUUUCUUGGAAUUUAAUGAUUGUUGGGUUGGUUAGGAAUGGUGAUUUGGAAACAACAAGGCUAGUUCUUGUCCAAUGACAAUGAAGAAUAUAGUUUCUUGAAAUACUAUGAUAGCAGGUAUACUGAGAAUUCUAGAAUAGUAGAAGCAAGAGUUUUGUUUGAAACUUCUUCAUGUUUC